AUGUGUGGAGCCAUGCGAAGUCGUUCAUCGAUCCCCACCCGAGAUGCUCAGUCAAAACAGCGGCCACUCUCGGCUCAAAAGAGCGAGUUCUCUCGAAUGGCGUCAACUACAGGAAAGGACUUGGCGACUACUGCGGCAAAGCUGGAUAAGCUUGCUCAACUUGCGGAGCGGGAGGCUCUGUUUGAUGGUCGGCCGGUUGGAAUUGGCAUGAAUGGUUUUCGGUCCUGUUUCUCUCAAGUAGCAACGGAGCGUUCGCCGGCGUUGUUGGGUUACUGCACCUUCUGGGGACUUACGUUCAUGAUGAAGCAAGGUAUCGCCGACCUUAGUGAGCGGAUAUCAGUGUCGGCUUUGCGGUCAUGCGUGGAGCGGCAGGGGGCGGGCAGUAAGUCCGGUUCGGGCGGACAAAUUGAUGAACACAAUACGAAUGUGGUCACACUGCUGCAAAGCAAGUUAGCGUCGACGAGCAUUAACUUUAAAGAGGUCUUGGAGAUUCGCACGCAGAAUAUGAAAGAGUCCAAAAAUCGAACUGAGCAAUUUAUGUCUAACGCUGCAUCCGCAGCCGCCCAGAAUCCUCCGUCACAAAGCUCGCUCCUCUUCACGACCUCCUCGAGUCCUAAAAAAUCAAACAAGGGCAAGGGGCGUGCCAACGAUGAUGAGUUACUCGCUUUAGACUUGCACUCGGCUGAAGAGAGUAUUGGAAUGAAUGGGGGUCAACCUUACGGGGAUGGAGGAUACCACCAAAUGCAACUAGUAGAGCAGGAUGAUUACAUCCAACAACGCUCAACAGCCAUAACCUCAAUCGAAUCGACCAUUGCCGAACUUGGCCAAAUCUUCACUCAACUAGCGACGAUGGUGGCGGAGCAGCGUGAAACCGUUCAGCGUAUAGAUGCAGAUACGAUAGACAUUGCAAACAACGUUGGCGGGGCACAGAGGGAGUUGCUCAAGUAUUAUGCUAGUAUCAGUUCCAACAGGUGGUUAAUGAUGAAGGUUUUCGGUGUGCUUAUUGUAUUUGUGAGUGACGUAUGUUGUAUCGAUGGAUCAUUUCAUGUGGCUGAGAGAGAUUCCUAG